AUGGGUUGGAAAGAUAAAAUAUUAAGAGGCGCCGGUGCUGGUACAUCGGGUUCUUCGGGCAUUGCCUCCGCAAGCAAGAAGAAAGAGAAGGAGGAACCGCCGCCUGAAUUGACUCCUCUAGAGAAGCUGCUGCAGAACGCCGGGCCGGUCCGCGAAAACGGUAUAAAACCCAGCUACUGCAACUCGAUCGUGCAAGCCCUCUACUACUCCGAAAUCUUCAGGGAGAGUGUCGUCAAUUACCCACCGUUUUCUCCCUCGGACACUCCAAAUGGAAAGCGCGCAAAGAUCAGUGUGCAAAUAAGGCCACCACCAAAAAGGGAAGUUGAUGAGGAAGCACAGGGCAAGAAGAAGACCUCAACGAAAGAUGUCCUGAAACAGAGGCAAAUGAUCAAUUCGGGUCAAGGGCUCCCUGGACAGCAACAAACGCGCCCUGAAGAUAAGCCCGACUCGCCCGAGUACAAGAAAAAACAGGCUAUGCUCAAAGGCCCUGUACUCGAGUUGGCGCAGGAGAAUUCAGCUUCUUACGGAAUGGACGAGAGCACAUUUACGGGUCUGAAGGACUUGUUCUUGGCCUUGAUCGAAAGUCAGUCAAGGACGGGAGUUCUCAGUCCACAGCGCUUCCUCGAGAUUUUCAAACGCGACAAUGAGAUGUUUAGGAACUCAAUGCAUCAAGAUGCACACGAGUUCUAUGGCUUGGUUCUCAACGAUGUCAUAUCUACGGUUGAGGCCAACGCGAAGCGCCUUCUAGAACAAGAGCAAGCGGCCGCCAAGGAUGACCUUGCCAAAUCCGUCGAAGAUGCGCUGAAACCGACGAACGCGCUCGUCAAAGCUCCAGCAGGCUACAGGUCACCCGGAACUGGUUGGGUGCACGAUAUAUUUGAGGGUCUUUUAACGUCAGAAACCAGGUGUUUAACUUGCGAGACGGCAUCGCAGAGAGAUGAGACAUUCCUUGAUCUAUCGAUCGAUCUGGACGAACAUUCGUCAGUAACAUCAUGUCUUCGAAAGUUCUCGGCGGAGGAAAUGCUAUGCGAGAGGAACAAGUUUCACUGCGAUCAUUGUGGUGGUUUGCAAGAAGCAGAGAAGCGCAUGAAGAUUAAGAGACUUCCCAAGGUACUAGCCCUGCACCUAAAGCGCUUCAAGUACACAGAGGACUACAGUCGGCUGCAGAAGCUGUUCCACAGGGUCGUAUACCCAUACCAUUUGAGGAUGUUUAACACGACGCCGGACGCGGAAGACCCUGAUCGUGUGUACGAGCUUUAUGCGGUCGUGGUACACAUAGGCGGAAACGCCUACCAUGGUCAUUACGUAUCAGUAAUCAAAACGGCAGACAGGGGAUGGCUACUGUUUGAUGACGAGAUGGUGGAGCCCGUGGACAAGCACUUUGUGCGCAACUUCUUCGGUGAUCGACCAGGAAUGGCAUGCGCAUAUGUUCUCUUUUACCAAGAGACUACGCUGGAGAAGGCCAUGGAGGAGGAAGACUUCGAGGGCAUUGAGGAAAUAAGGCUGGCGACGCAGACGGCAGAUCUUGCUUCUGAUAAACCGAGCGGCGCUGAGAGCCUGCCUCCACUGGAGAAGCCCCUUACCACACCGGUACCACCGGUUGCCGACCAUGAUGCCCUGGCAGCGCUCGAUCACGCAUUGACGGCGCCAAAUGGCACGACUCCGGCGGCACCACAGACGCCUGCAACUCCAUCUGUUCCGGCUGUGCCUACAGAGGCACCCUUCAGCCACCCACUGGUAGCCGCUCCACCUAAACCUGCAGUCGAGAUCAAGCCUUCUUCCAAAGAGGAAAAAGCACGAGAGAAGCAGCUACAGAAGGAGAAAAAGGCAGCAGAGAAGGAACAGGUCAAGCGUGAGGAAAAGGACCGCAAGGAAAGGGAGUCCAGGCAACGAGAAGCCCGCAAGUCGGAGCAGGAAGAUUUGCGUAGAGCCAUGGAAGCAAGCAAGCAGACGGCUGCAGGAGAGGAACAAAAACAAAAGGCAGACAACCCGUUGUCACCCAAGGAAGCGCCUGCCUCGCCUGCAUUAGGAGGAGGUAUCGGUAGCUUAAUGAAGCGAGGCAGUUUAUCACGCGCCAGUUUGGGUUUCCUCAACAGGGAAAAGGAAAAAGAGAAGGACAAGUCAUCUGGCAACGGCGUGGCAAAUGGGACAUCAUCGGAUCAUGCAGCAAAUGGCUCAGCGGCGUCACCUCACCCUGAGAGCCCAGCGCCGCUCAAGAAGAAGUUCAGCUUUGCGCUGGGCAGAAAGAAAAGCACACAUGUCCUAUCUUAG